ACAGACCACGUUCUUCUUUCUUUGUCGUGGUUCUCCGUGUUGUUUGUCUGCACAGCCCGGAAACCUUCAAUCAACUCAAUUAAAGCCUCUAGCCACGAAAACAUUCAGUGGGUCUAUAGCAUAGUUUAAAUAUACUCCGACGAAAACUGAUUACUAAAUUACGUCUGACGCAAUACAGAACCAGAGUUAUAAGUCCGCCUGGAAAGUAUGCAGACUAAGCCCAUUACACAACCACUCCUAUAUAAUAGCAUAUAAUGCUUCUAAGGGAGUAUACUCAAUAGAUAAUUCUGCUGGAUUUCUCUAGCUUCUAACCGUCCAGUUAGUCUUACUCUUACGGUCACGUUAACAUUAUCCAGCUUCAAGUGUGGAAAUGAUUAAGGCUUCAUUAUAAAGAAUAUGUAUUUAUAGACUUCAAAGAUCAAGAAGAAAGGGAUUCAAAAGUACUGAAUAACACUAGCACCCAAACAAGAAGUAAUUCACCGUCUACUUUUAAAGCUGUAUCUUCUAACAACAUGUCCUUGGAAAACGUGUCGAUACACAACAUGACUCCAGCGGAUAUUUACAGUGAAAAAUCAUUGGUUAUUUUAGGAGUCCCUAUCCAAGAUAGACCACUAGUGGUUAUUUUGAAGCCGUUGUUUUAUUCAUUGUAUCUUUUCUUCGUCGUGACUGGUUUGUGUGGGAACGCUUCUGUUUGUUACCUAUUAGCUUGUGAAAAGCCUCUUCGAACCGCGACUAAUUACUUACUGGUGAAUGUUGCAAUGUCCAACCUUCUUAUGUGUGGCAUCGCUCCAUUUACCCCUCUAGCACUGCUAUCUCACAUGUCGAUAAUUACGACACCUUUGUGUCAUAUCCUGCCCUUUAUAUCCAGUGUCAGUACUAACUUCUCGGCCUUAAUCCUCACAAGCUGUCUGGUACAGUAUUCCUUCCGAGUUUACAGAAGAGCUUCUGGACAUCACAAUAGACGAGGAAUCCAUCUGUGGUUAUCUCUGAGCAUGUGGGUUUUCAGCAUAGUUCUUUCCGUUCCUCAAUCCGUCUUCAGACACUUUUACCAGUUUGAAUUAGGUGGUGCUGCUAAAACUCUUUGUGAUCCCAAACUUUCCCUUUAUUUACAGCAAGUAUUACUUCUAAUAACAAUUACGAGUCAGAUUAUCGUUCCGUUCCUCCUUAAUACAGUUUGCUUUAUUUGGGCUCAUCAGAGUCUAACACGAAGUGCCCAACGUAGACAAGGGAAACAUGGAUUAAGAACCAAGCGUUAUAAAGCGGCCUAUAGAACACUGUAUGCCCUCGUCUUCAUGGCAGGUGUCCACAUAGGAUCUUUAAUACCAGCUUAUGUCUUAGAAAUGUUCUACGUGUUUUGCUAUUCAUCUUCCCUGGAAAGACAUAAAGAUGUAUACUCACUAGUUAUUCAUCUUAUAACGCUUUGUCCUGUUUGUUCUACCCCUUUGUUUUUCGGACUCAUAAAUAACAGAGUGCUUAGAGAGAAUAACUGUCGCCAAAGGGGAUAUGUCCCCCCAUAAAAGGAAAAAUAUAUAUACUAUCAGAAAAUGUUUUAUAUAUUAGUGUUGGGUAAAGAUGAAUGCAAAUUUGAAAUAUAAACAUAUUCUAUUAUUGAUUUAAUAUAACCUGAUAUUUUAACUUCUUUAGAGGAAAAAAAAUUAAUAAUGGAACUAUUCACAGUCAAGCUGACUUUUUAUUUUUACUUUACAGCUUUUGAAAGCUAUUAUACUUCUAUAUGAACUUUCAACCCUACAUUGUAUUACGUUUGAUUGCCAUUUAUGAAUGUUUUUCAGAAAGUCUGAAAUCAUCAAAUAAAAGCUACAUAAUGAGAAAAUCCUUUCAGUAUA